UGACCAACCUCUACCUGUUACAGGUGUCAUUGAUCAUGCCAUACAGUCAUACAGGUCACUGCGUCAAGUCAGCAAUGAACAGCCAAUGGACAGAUUAAAUUUAAUAAAUGGGCAGAGCGUGGAUGAAACUUUUCACCUUUUUUUUUAAAACCACUUUUUGUGCCUACUGGUACCAUCAGCCAUUCGCUGUACGCCAUUCGCUUUACACCAUUGUACCUACCUGUACCAUCAGCCAUUCGCUGUACACCAUUGUACCUACCGGUACCAUCAGCCAUUCUCUGUACACCAUUGUACUUACCGGUACCAUCAGCCAUUCGCUGUACACCAUUGUACCUACCGGUACCAUCAGCCAUUCGCUGUACACCAUUGUACCUACCGGUACCAUCAGCCAUUCACUGUACACCAUUGUACCUACCUGCACCAUCAGCCAUUCGCUGUACACCAUUUACCUACCGGUACCAUCAGCCAUUCUCUGUACACCAUUGAAAUGUUACAUUAAGAAAUGGCGUCAGUGGGGCGAGUCUAGACUCUUAUGCCCCCCCCCCAAAUUACCCCUCCCCGGUCCGACGUAUCGGGCCGCGGAGCGUCACGUUGGAGAUGCCCACUCGUCAGGACAGCCCCCACACGGGCUCCUCACCCAAGUCCCUCACCUGGGCGCCCGGGCGCUCGACCAGGACCCCGCCUGGGGGCCACCCCAACGAGGAGGCACCCGGUCGACCCGACACUAUGCGUUUAAACAGUGCACUCGAUCGACUUUCUCAGGAGUUGGGAUGGAAAAAAUUUACGUCCUAAUAUCUUCCCCCACCCAUCCCGGGAAAGCGUCGGACGCCCUAUAA